AUUUGUAUUAUUUUGAGUUACGCAAUCUGAGAAGCCCAAGCCCGGGUAUAAACCAAGGUGGGUUUCAUUUCUACCUACAAAGUCAUAGCACAACUUCAUGGCUCUCUCUCUCUAUCGCCCAGUACCCUAGAAUUAUUAUCAACCUCGUUCACUACUGGUCGGAGAUCGGAGCGUCGGAAUUCCCUUUCACUCAUUGGCCGGAUGAACAAUUACUUCACUCACAACAGUGAUGUUUAUAUUGCAAAUCACAAUGAGAAGUUCAAGCAAUAUGAAGCGGACUACACUCGCCGAUUAAUGGCAAAAUACUUCACUAAGAAGGAUCUUUAUGGAGGCAACAUAUUUGAUGAAAACAUUACAAUCGAUGACGAGCUUAUAAAAUCAAGCAGGGGCCCAUGUACUCGCUCAUAUGCAGACCCAGUUAAGGCUUUUGAAGAAGACCAGAGCAGCAGUGACUCGCAGACUAAUACGGAGACGCCAUCUAAUAUAACAAAUGGGAAGCAUCAAAUAAAGAAGAUCGGUUAAGUAUAAUUUCUCUCUAAUUUAUCUUCAAUUUGUAGAAAAAUCACAAGCAACUUCUGUGAGGUGAUUACUAGUUAUAGGAAUGGACCUGACCUUCUUCCAACAUACAGCAAAGGUGAAAGACGUUGAAAUACAUUCAACAUUUCUAGGUCACAAAACAUGGCUUUUUGUCGUAAAUUGAACACCAUGUUAGAAUAAACGUAAUAAAACAAAAAUAUGGAUUCAUUGAUGCAUGUAAUGGCUGCGUUGAUCUGGCAUCUUGAUGUUAUGAAUAUGGACGCAAAUUGAGUAGUAUGUAGUCUUAUUUAAUAUAUGUGCUGUAUCUUUCA